AUGCCUGGCACCGUCUCUGCUGAAGAGCUGGACAUAGCGCAAAGGAGGGGUGAAGAUGCGAGGGCAGGUGAGAAUGUGAGGGCGGGUGAAGGUGUGAGGGCGGGUGAGAAUGCGAGGGCGGGUGAAAAUGUGAGGGCGGGUGAAGAUGCAAGGGCGGGUGAAGAUGCAAGGGCGGUUGCGGGUCGUGCCCUACCGGUGCAUUGCAGCGAACAGAUGCGGGGCGCACAAGAUCUCACGCAGAUCUGUCUUGUAGUGCACCAGAUCUCACGCAGAUCUGCCCUAGGGCCUGAACUGUUCGCACAAGUGAUGCAGCAAACCAGACUGCAAGGCGCUAAGGCAAGUGAUUGUUCUCGGCUUGAGCUGCAAUUCAAAGUCGAUAAUCUUCUUGCCGGAUGGCCUACAUACACUAUUGAUUUCACACCUGAGCGUCCGGGACCAUUGAAGCUUGUUUUGCGCUUGAAGGAUGCUUCAAGCUAUCGGUCCACCGACGAUGAUGAUAGUGCAGACGAGGCGGAGGGAACAGGGAAAGUCGAAUGCACACCACCAGCCAUCGAGGAGGACCCGGAUGUUACCAUGGCCUGUGAGGCCACCUCCAAGGAUGGAACUCGGCACAUUAGUGCAAACCCUGUGCAACUACACGGCAUAUUCAAGGAAGGUGCUUCAAUUGUUCGCAUGCGGGAGAAGUUCACACAGGAGAAUGAUCAUACUUGGCCCCCUCGACGCGGCUUCAGGAGGAUGGAUGCGGAACCACUCACUCGUGUUAGUUCCUUCAUGACGACACCUGCUGCUGUAGCGGCAUUAAAGUUAGAUUAA